GGUGCCUCUUGGAGCUGUUCAGUGUUCACGACCCUGUGGAUAGCACGCUGUCUGCCUAGCCUGCCUUGUGUUGGUGGCAGAGAGACGAGGCGGCCGGCGUAACAGUAUGUAAAGUGAAUGUUCAUAUUAAUGAUAGAUCAAUCGAGCAUUAUAAUCCAAAGAAAAAUACGACACAUUUAAGUCCCAGAGCCAACCCUCAGUUCUCCGCAGGGGCAAUAGAUGGCGCCGACUGCAACUGCGUCGCUGAAAACCCAUCAACAAGUGAAGGGCCGGGCCAUAAGUGAAAGGCCCGGGCGAAGCCAGAACUUCGCAAAUCUCAAGCAAGCAAGCAACAAGUGAAGCAAGGAACGACCUGUUGUUCUUCUGUCAGUCGGACUAUGCAUACCAUGUAGAUGCAUUCAGAUGCUAUUCCGAGAUUACAAGUGAACAGUGGAGACAUCAAGAAUGAAAUUAAUCAUAAUGAAAUCUUAUUUGUGAAGGCUUAUGACAUGAGAUACCUUAAAGUACUGAAAGCUGCAAGCCAUUAUAAAAGGAAUGAAAAUAGCCCAACCUUCUGCUGAUCACAAAAUAUAAAUAAUUGGUAUACACGUUCACUCAUGGCAUAUUCAAGAAGGCUUGUAGAAAGAAGUGGGAGAGGCAGUGAUGAGGAAACUGUGAUCUUCGAUAAAUCGUCUGUCAAAAGAUAUGGAGAAAAUGUGCAGAACAGAUUUCAUACAUUUCAAGCCAGAAGAUAUCAGGCAGGAUCCAAUAAUCAUUCCUGGGAAAGGUAUUGUCAGAAUCCUGGAAGCAGUAGUGGUUGGAUUCAUGACCCUAGAAUUACUCCACCUGAAUAUAAUUCCUAUAAGUUGUCAAGUGCAGUUGAAAGUGAAACUACUUAUAGCAAUAAUUUCUCAAGGGGCAGAGAACCAACCCAGUACCAGGAAAGCAUUGCUUGGAAUAAUUUGGAAACUGAUAUGUCGGGGUAUUCAGGAAAUGACUUUGUGAGAAGUGAAUGUUUUUCAGGAACAGGAGUUAGCCAUACUAUCAAUAGUGAUAUUGCACAAAGAGAUUUGGAUAUACAUAAAGGUCGAUUACAUGAAAAUAGCAGAGAUUCUAUUGUAAACCAUUUAAGAAAUAAGCAGUAUGAAUCCAAUGAAAUACAGUUGUGUAGAAAUCAGGAAAAUGAAAAGUCAACUUUAAACCAAGGAGGAAGCCCAAGUACAAGUGAGAAUUCAAAUUUUGAGUCAAAUGAUUAUAUAAAUGGUGAAAGAAUUUUUAAGUAUGGUCUUGUUCAUUGGACUGAUUGUAAAUAUGCAAAAAUGAAGAUAAACAAAAAUUGUGUGAAACGAUCACCAGGACUGUCAAAGUUUCUUAAUAGUAACAAGUCAUAUAUACUCAAAGGCUGUUGGUUAAAAGAAAUUGUACCAAGGAAAAUAGGUACUUGGGUGCAAAGCCAAGAAACUAUACCACAAAUGUCAACUACCAAUUAUAGAAUAAGUGUUCAGAGUGCUAAUAGUCAUAGACAGCAAGAAGAUACUGUGAUACAUUCAAAAUUUAAUUAUAUUGGUGCAAGUGAAUCCAUAGUAUCACGAGAACAGCAAGAAGGCCUGAUUCUCUUAAAUCAGAGAACAGGAAGUGACGAAAGUGAUAAAGCAACCAAGACAGAUAACCUGUAUCUAAAAGUACAGGAGGAAAAUAGGCCAGUUGGUCAUCAGAUAGAAGAAAAUUGUGUAGAUCUGUGUCUGGGUUCACCAGUAACUACUGUUAAAAAAAGUGUUGACAAUGUCAAUUCAAAGGAAAGUCCUAAAAAAAAUGAUACCAGUACAAAAACGACUCCAAAAAAUGAAAACAGUUCCAUUGUGACUAGCAGAUAUGACACUAGUCCUAAGACGAGUUGUAAAAAUUAUACCAACUCCAAGGUUACUAACAAAGAUGACACUAACUAUAAGAUGACUCAUAAAGAUGACACUAGUACCAAAGUGACUCACAAAGAUAAUACCAAUGCCAAGGUCAUGCAUAAAAAAGAUACCUAUUCUGGCUCAGAUUUCAAGAUGACUCACAAUGAUGGCACCAGCUCCAAGGUGACUCGCAACAAAAAUGACACCAGCACCAAGGUUACUCACAAAGAUGACACCAACUCCAAAGUUAUUCAUAAAGCUGACAGUACUAAGGUGACUCACAAUGAUACCAUGCAUAAAAAAGAUAUUGAUUCUGGAUCAGGUUUCAAGAUUGCCCACAGAAAUGACACCAGCACUGAAGCGACUCACAAAGAUGGCACCAACUCCAAGGUGACUGACAAAGAUGACACCAGCUCCAUGGGGAUUCACAAAGAUAAUACCAGUUCCAAGAUGACUCGCAAAAAUGAUACCAGCUCUAAGGUGACUCAUAAAGGUGACACCAGCUCCAAGAUGAAUCACAAAAAUGACACUAGCUCAAAGAGGGCUCAUAAAGGUAAGACUAGUUCCAAGGUGAGUCAUGAAGAUAACACGGGCUCCAAGGUUACUCACAAAACUGAAACCAGUUCCAAGAUGAUUCCCAAAGACGACACAAGCUCCAAGUUAACAAUCAAAGAUGACACCAGUUCCAAGGUGACUGACAAGGAUGACACCAGUUCUAAUGUGAUUCUCAAAGAUGACACCAGUUUCAAGGCAACUCUCAAAGAAUCCACCAGUUCCAUGGUGAUCCAGAAACAUAAGGAUACCAAGGUGACUCAUGCAGGUAACUCUAGUAUAAAGGUAACUUACAAAAAUGUCUCUGGUUCUAAAGUGACACACGAAGAUGACUCCAGUUCCAAGGGAGCUCAUAAAGAGCCCACCAGUUCUAUUGGUACGAAGGUGACUCACGAAGGUAACAUUUGUACGAAGGUCACUCCUAAAGAUGACACCAGUCCCAGUAUGGCUUAUAUAAGUACCAGCUCCAUGCUAAAUAACAAACAUGGUACCUAUUACAAGGAGACUCACAGAAAAGGCACCAGUUCUAAGGUGACUCAUCACAAAAAUGGCACAGGUUCCACAGUGAUUCAUAAAGAUGACACCAGUACUAAGGUGUCUCUCAAAGAUGUCAUCAGUUCCAAGGCAGCUCACAAAGAAUCUACCAGUUCCAUGGUUACCCAGAAACAUGGCAAGGAUACCAAGGCGACUCACAAAGGUAACAUUAGCUCGAAGGUGGCUCACAAAGAUGACACUAUUUCCAAUAUUCACAAAGAUGAUGCUGGUUCCAAGGUGACUCCUAAAGAUGACAACAGUUCCAAUAUAACUCACAAAGAUGAUGCCGAUUCCAAGGUGACUCACAAAGAUAAUACCAACGCCAAGGUCAUGCAUAAAAAAAUACCUAUUCUGGCUCAGAUUUCAAGAUGACUCACAAUGAUGACACCAGCUCCAAGGUGAUUCACAACAAAAAUGACACCAGCACUAAGGUUACUCACAAAGAUGACACCAACUCCAAAGUUAUUCAUAAAGCUGACAGUACCAAGGUGACUCACAAUGAUACCAUGCAUAAAAAAGAUAUUGAUUCUGGAUCAGGUUUCAAGAUUGCCCACAGAAAUGACACCAGCACUGAGGCGACUCACAAAGAUGGCACCAACUCCAAGGUGACUGACAAAGAUGACACCAGCUCCAUGGGGAUUCACAAAGAUAAUACCAGUUCCAAGAUGACUCACAAAAAUGAUACCAGCUCUAAGGUGAC